AUGGGAGCGGUGGCCUACCUCACGCCCUUCACGGACCGGUACCGGCGACAACUGCUGCGACGUUGGGUCGAGGCUCUGCCGGGCGCCGGGGUCCCACACCACCCAGGCUGCACCCCCGUCGGCACGCUGGGCGACCCCGUGCUUACUCGACUGUGGCAGGUGGACGGGCUCCCCAGGGACGCCCUGUCUACCGAGAGUGCCGUGCUGGUGACACACUCGCGGCGCUGGCCACUAUUUAUCGACCCCCAGGGUCAGGCCAACCGCUGGAUACGGAACACGUAUAAGAACUCGGACCUGACGGUGCUCAAGCUGUCGGACGGCCACCUGAUGCGCUCGCUGGAGACCGCCAUCCGCUACGGCUUCCCCACGCUGCUAGAGUGCGUGGGCGAGGAGCUGGACCCGGCCCUGGACCCGGUGCUGGCCCGGGCCACCUUCCCCGCGCCGGGACAGUCCUCGGGCACGGCGCUCGUCAUGAAGCUGGGAGACACCCUGGUGCCCUACAACGCCAACUUCAAGCUGUUCAUCACCACCAAGCUUGCCAACCCCCACUACCUCCCCGAGGUCGCCAUCAAAGUCCUGCUCGUCAACUUUGCGCUCGUCGCGAGGUGA